GUUGAGCUGGGCAAGUUCAAUCUUUUGGAUGAGGUGCGCCCGGUGGUUGUGCGGCAACGAGAUCAGGGCUUCGGACAUCUCUGGCCUCGCCCUGCUUUGGAAGCUGUUGACCUUUGGCAAGUGACUGAGCAUACGCCUUUGCAGCUGUCUCGCAAGCUGGGUGGUGCUAGAUUCAUUGAGUUCUUCAGGGGCCUCUUGGCACGCUGUGGUCUGCCUCAGGAAGCUUUGCGUGGUGUGGCAUACAACCGCCUUAGGCGUUUUCUUCCCACCGGCGGCACCACCUUUAGCUUCGAUAACUCCCGUUUGCAGGCACUUGGUUCUUGGACAGAAGCGGCUCAGGACAAUGUUCGCCCCAGUGGCCCCAAGCGUCAGCGCUUAAUGAGUCACCAUUAUGCUGGUAACAAGACUGCCACUAGUUGCGAUGCAAAGCGUCAGGUGAUUGAUGGUGUACUUCAAGUUUUUCACCGUCGUCAAGGCGCAUUGGUUCAGCCAAACGGCCUCUUGGGGCCCUCUUCUGUCAUGUGGAAGGACCUUUCUGGUCAGCAGCCUUCUCUCGAGGAUUGUGUGCCCAAGGAGAAUGCACAACCGGGAUCUUCUUCCAGUUCUUGUUCGUCCUCGAGCUCGUCGACAGGCUCUGACUCGGAGGCGGAGAUUCCUGAUGAGGACACCAGUGAUUGGCAGAUCCGUUUGCGACUGCCCUUCGCAACAGUCGCCCGGACCUGCCUAUGCAUCGCUUUGUCAGCCAGCCUUAGUGCUGUGUUCGCGCAGGCGACCUUCAAUGAUCAGGAGCUGGCGGCUUGGGCGGCUGGCCUCAACGACAAUUACUUGCAGCGCAUCCUGGCGGCCUUGAAUGCGGAGAGAGCAGUUCGCCAGCGAGUCCAGAAUACUACGGGCUCCCAUUCUCAUGCUAGCGCGGGUGUGCCCCCGCCGGUGCAGCCAUACCAAGUGCAACGGCUAGCUGCUCGAGAUUGCUUCCAGCCUCUGUGUCAGGUUUUGCAGCCCUCUUGCAUAAUGUCGCAGACGCUUCGAGUGGAUCUUCAGGCUGAUGAUCGUGGCCUUCAUUCUUGCUUUGCGGCGAGUGGGGUCAAACAGGACUGGAUCCAGGCGGUGGUGUCACAUCAUCGUCUUGAGACUUUGGAUGAUUUCGUCUACAUGAUCAAUAAGGGUGAAUGGGAGUCUUCAUUGGCUGCCUUCGUUCAGGAGGUCGGUGUCAUUCGUGAUAAUCGCUUAGCUCUUGCACGCUUCAAGGCGGCCUGGCAGGCGGGCUCUGCGGCAAUCGCUGCUAGUCAGCAGGCUGCAACACGUCACCAGCAGGAGACUGAUCUUGAGGAGCCGCUGCCGGAGGCUACCACCCAGCAGCUUCAGCAUGACUUCCAGAAGGCCUAUGGCUUCGUGGUGGAGACGCACCUGGAGCCUUCUGACGCCCUGCGCGGGCGUGUCUACCGCGAGUUCAGGCGACACACCAUGACGGUCAUUGAGGCUCGCAAGAUCAAGUCCGUGGUGGCUCAGGCCACCCCUCAACGGGAGGAGUCUGUGAGUCUUCAGGGGGGCCUCACAUUGAACUUCCAUAAGGACUCGGUGGUUACUUUGCGCAAUGCUGUUGAUUACUUUUGGAGCUUGCGCAUCUUGGCCUACGCUUGGGCGUGGGCGGGCAACUACAUCUCCAAGGACAUCGACGGCAAGGAUAAAAAGAUGAUUGACCUCACAUCGGCCCUGAACUACGCCGACCUGGCGCUCCGCUGGUGCAUGGAGUUCGGGAAUGGCCAGCUCUCGUGGAUCCAACGGAACGAUGUCUUGACCAGGGGUAAGCUUGCUAGUCGG